AUGCGCUGUCGUGGUGCACGGGUGUGCUCCCGUUCAGCCCACUUCGCCGUCUUGCAAACCAAUUUUCGCCCGUUCUGCCCGGUUUUGUCCCUUCCGUCCUGGCAUUCGGAUGUCUGCUUCAAUCUCCAGUUAAAGUGUGGAAGAAGAUGCGCGCUCAAAUCUGGGGUGUGCAUACAGCGCGCCUCUACUACGCCAGCGGCUCCAUUUGAUACUCCAAUCGCCAUGUUUCUGUUAACCCGAAGCGUCCUCCGAAUUGGGCACGGCCAUGCCUUCACAUCGAACUUGAAUGUCACCAGACCGCUCCAAUCGUCGUUUUUCCCGCGUUUCCCCUCUUUGUUCCGCAACUCAAAGGCCGUUUCUCAAGUGAGAAGUUAUCGCCACUCCGACACAUGGGCCCGCUACAAUAAACACUAUGGCCGCAACAAAAUCAACUGGCGGACCUUGCGGAACCCGGCCAUCUUCACUGUUUCGUUCUGCGCCGGCACCACCUUGGCUGUGCCGUACUUGUUCCAGAUUCCGCCGUUUUCCGUGUUCAAGCGCAACCCGAAUGCGCUCGUUUUCACCUUGAUCGGGCUCAAUGUGGCCGGAUUCCUCGCAUGGAAGUCGCCUGUGGGCAGCCGCUACAUGGCACGCUACGGGCUUUUGGUCAAGGACAAUGUUGCGUCGGUGUUUUCGCUUUUGGGAUCGGCCUUUUCGCAUCAGGAAGGAAUGCAUCUUUUGUUCAACAUGCUCAUGUUGUACUCGUUCGGGUCGACUCUAUGCGGCUAUGUCGGCGCCAGCAACUUCUUGACCAUGUACUUGAACUCUGCCGUGCUUUCUUCGUUUGUGUCGCUUGCUCUCCCCAUUGUCACGAGAUCUUCGAUGCUGAUUGCCUCCUUGGGAGCCUCCGGCGCCAUUUUCAGUGUUUUUGGCGCCUUCAGCUACUUGUUCCCUAGAUCGGCCAUUGCGUUCUUUUUCCUUCCUAUCCCUGGCGGAGCUUGGUUUGCUUUUCUUGGAACCAUGGCGUUCAACGUGGCUGGUCUCUUCAUGAAGUGGGGCCGCUAUGACUACGCGGCGCAUUUGGGCGGCUGUCUUGCCGGAAUCGGCUACGGAUGGUGGUUUGACAAGAAGAGAUCCCAGCGGAGAAAAGUCUACAUGAGAUAG